AUGAUCCAAACUUUUCAUCUUUUGUGGAAAAAUUUAGUCAGAACUGACAACAGAUUUUUUCGAAAAUGUUCUAGUGAAGUCAAGAGGAGAUUGAAAGCUGAACAAAAAGCAAAGGAAAAAUCUGAAAAGGUAGCUCAACAGCCUGUCCAAGCUCAAAAACCAAAAGAGCAAAAAAAUUCAGAUGAAGAAAUCAGCCCAAAUGAGUACUUCAAACUUAGAACAACUGCUGUUCAAAAUCUCAAAACCCUGGGAGGUGAAAACUCUCCUUAUCCACACAAAUUCCAUGUAUCAACAUCUCUAGAAGAAUUUAUAGAAAAAUACAGUAAUUUGAAAGAAGGUGAGUCACUGGAAUCUGAGACUCUCAGUGUAGCAGGACGUAUACAUGCUAUCAGAGAGUCUAGCUCCAAACUUGUAUUCUAUGACCUCAGAGGAGAGGGAACUAAGAUACAAAUUAUGGCUACAGCUAGGCAAUAUGGAGAUGAACAGAAGUUCACUGAAGACCUAGACAAAAUUAGAAGAGGAGAUAUAAUAGGUGUUGAAGGUAUUCCUGGCAAAACUAAGAAAGGAGAGCUUUCCAUCAUCCCUACAAGGAUAAAGCUACUCUCACCUUGUCUCCAUAUGUUACCCCAUUUACAUUAUGGACUGAAAGACAAAGAAACUAGGUUUAGACAGAGGUACUUGGAUUUGAUACUGAACAAUAGAGUACGUGACAUUUUUGAAAUCAGAGCAAAGAUAAUAGCAUAUGUCAGGAGAUUCUUAGAUGAGAUGGGUUUUCUGGAAAUAGAAACCCCCAUGAUGAACAUGAUAGCUGGUGGUGCCACAGCUAAACCUUUCAUCACACACCAUAAUGAUCUCAAUAUGGACCUGUACAUGCGUAUAGCUCCUGAAUUGUACCACAAAAUACUAGUUGUAGGUGGCUUAGAUAGGGUGUAUGAAAUUGGUAGGCAGUUCAGAAAUGAAGGUAUAGAUUUGACACAUAAUCCAGAAUUCACUACAUGUGAGUUCUACAUGGCUUAUGCUGACUAUAAUGACUUGAUUGUUCUAACUGAAUCUAUGGUAUCUGGCAUGGUCCACAGCAUCCAUGGUACUUAUAAAGUAAAAUACCACCCUGAUGGUCCAGAGGGGGAAGAGGUAGAGAUUGACUUUACUCCUCCAUUCAAGCGUAUCCGUAUGUUCCCAGCACUGGAAGAAGCUCUAGGUGUCACUUUUCCCCCAGCUACUGAAUUAUCCUCAGAAGCUGCUAAUAAAUUUUUGAGUGAUUUAUGUAUCAAGCACAAUGUAGAAUGUCCUGCUCCAAGGACUACAGCAAGGUUGCUGGACAAACUUGUUGGUGAAUUUAUUGAGGAACAGUGCAUUAAUCCAUCCUUCAUUAUGGAACAUCCUCAAAUUAUGAGCCCCCUUGCUAAGUGGCAUAGAUCAAUACCAGGUUUGACAGAACGUUUCGAAUUAUUUGUCAUGAAAAAAGAAGUAUGUAAUGCCUAUACAGAGUUGAAUGAUCCCAUUGUUCAGAGACAGAGGUUUGAACAGCAGGCAGCCGAUAAAGCUGCCGGAGAUGAUGAGGCACAGCUGGUUGAUGAAGACUUCUGUAAGGCAUUGGAGUAUGGAUUGCCGCCCACGGCAGGCUGGGGUAUGGGAAUUGACAGGUUGACGAUGUUUUUGACAGACAAUAACAACAUAAAGGAGGUGCUAUUAUUCCCAGCUAUGAAACCAGAUGAUCCAAAUAAGCAUAAGGAUGAGGAAAGUAUCCAAAACAAAGAAAAUUAG